AUGGAAUCAUUCACAAUAUCGAAUAUGCAGAUUACGGAUCCUACUUUGAUCCCUGAUCAGAUUAAGGCUGUGUGUGGGAAGACCUUUCAAUUUCUGAUAUGUAUUGGUGGGGACAAUCUUUCUGGUGCUAAUGAUAGUUACAAGGUUGCUAAUGUCUGGGAAGACAAUAAAUUCAUGGAAAUUAGUAAUGAAGCAUCUGAAAAUACUAUUGACAGAAUUAGUCUCACCUCUGAACAGGAAAUGGAUCAAAUUUCUCUGAAAUCAUUGACACUCAAGCAGAGAUUCUGCAAAGUAUGUGUUUCUUCAACUUAUCCUUCUGAGGAUAACAAUACUAUCAGUAAAUUCAGAGAUUUAGACAACACAUCUGAUCAAGAAGAGAACUCGGAACUUGAGGAUUUUGAAAGUGAUGAUUCAGAAGCUGAAUAUGAACAACAAGUCUUUGAUUGUAGUAGUCAAGAAGAUGAACCUCAUGACCCAUCUGAUGCUAUUGAGUCUGACUCUGAUUCAGAGCCGAUUACACAAACCAUUGAAGAUAAACAUAAAGAGGCUAAAUGUCACAGAGAUGGAUAUCCAAUUUAUAGGAGGAGGGAUGAUGGUCGUUUUAUAGAGAAGAAUGGUUUCAAGUGCGACAAUACAUAUGUCGUCCCAUACAACAGAAAACUUUCUCUAAAGUACCGAGCUCACAUUAACGUGGAAUGGUGUAACCAAACUGGAUCGGUCAAGUACUUAUUUAAGUAUGUGCACAAAGGUCAAGAUCGUGUUACUGUAUCUGUUGAGGCAGGUCAAGAAGAGGAUGAAACAGAGUAUACCUCCGACGGUGUCAAUAUUAACUCAUCCAAAAAAAAGGAUGAUGUUCAAGAUUUCUUUGACUGCAGAUAUGUUUCCGCAUGUGAAGCUUUCUGGAGGACGAAUCAGUAUCCUAUACACUAUAGAGCAACACCUGUUGUCAAACUUACAUUUCAUGAGGAAGGAAAGCAACCUGUUUUCUACAAAGAUGGCGACAAGCCAACUACCGUAUUAAAUCGCCCAACUCUUGAUCACACGAUGUUUACCGCUUGGUUUGAGUUGUGUCUAAGGGAUGAGGAAGCAAGAAAGCUUACAUAUGAACAGAUUCCAAAUAAAUACAUCUAUGAUAAAAAGGAGAAAGAGUUUCGUCCGAGAGGUAGAACUGGUUUCUCUAUUGGGCGAAUCAAUUAUGUGCCACAUAAUUUAGAAGAUUCAUACCAUCUUCGAAUUCUCAUAAACAGCAAAAAAGGUCCUACCAGUUUCAACGACAUUAAAACUGUCAAAGGUGUUCUUUAUAAAACCUAUAAAGAGGCAUGCUUCGCUCUAGGUUUGCUAGAUGAUGACAAAGAGUAUAUUGAAGGCAUAAAGGAAGCUAAUUUUUGGUGUUCAUCAAAGUUUUGUCGUAGACUUUUUGUGAUAAUGCUUAUAUCUGAAAGUUUAACUUCUCCUAAAACUGUAUGGGAAGAAACAUGGAAAAUCCUUUCAGAAGAUAUUGAGAGAAAAGAAAAACAGAGGAGACAACGUCCAGACACGGAAAAAAAGAAAUUGCUACUAAGAGAGUUACAGAAGCUAAUGAAAAGAAAUGGAUGUUCAUUGCAAAAAUACAAGCUUAUGCCACACAUAUCUCUUGAAGAUGUAACAUUGCCUAAUCAGUUGAUACUGGAUGAACUCAACUACAACCGUGAGGAUUUAGCAAAGAAACAUGAUGGUUGGAAAAAGAUGCUAACAGAAGAACAGAAGAAGAUCUAUGAUGAGAUAAUGGAAGCUGUAAUCAAUGACAAAGGUGGUGUAUUUUUUUUAUAUGGAUUUGGAGGAACAGGGAAAACAUUUUUGUGGAAAGUAUUGUCUGCAGCAAUAAGAUCAAACGGUCAUAUUGUUCUCAAUUCGGCAUCUAGCGGUAUUGCCUCUCUACUACUGGAAGGAGGAAGAACAGCUCACUCUAGGUUUGCCCUUCCUUUAAAUCCAAAUGAAACUUCUACUUGCAACAUGUCAAGGAGCUCAGAACUUGGUGCGUUGGUUAAAGAAGCAAAGUUAAUCAUAUGGGAUGAAGCUCCAAUGAUGAGUAAAUACUGCUUUGAGACAUUAGACAGAAGCUUGAAAGAUAUUAUGAGGAGUAAAGAAGACAAAUUGUUCGGAGGAAAAGUUGUCCUUUUUGGAGGUGAUUUCAGACAAAUUCUUCCCGUUAUUGUUGGCGCAGGAAGGGAAGCGAUUGUCAAUGCAUCAUUAAACUCUUCAUACUUAUGGAAUCAGUGCAAAGUUUUAAGAUUGACAAAGAAUAUGAGGUUGCUUCAAGACAUUGGUAAACAAGAGGCCAGCGAGAUAGAAGAGUUUUCUAAAUGGAUACUCGCAGUUGGAGAAGGAAAAAUUAAUGAGCCUAAUGAUGGUGUGUGUGAAAUAGAUAUCCCACAAGAGUUACUUAUUCCAGAGGGUUCCUCUCCGUUAGAGUCAAUCAUUGAAGCUGUUUACGGAAAGAACUUUGCCACUCAAAAAGAUCCUAAAUUUUUCCAAGAACGAGCUAUUCUUUGCCCUACGAAUGAAGAUGUCAAUUCUAUCAAUGAUGUCAUGUUAUCAAGUCUAAACGGUUAG